UGCAAGUAGGACGUUAGAUAUCCAUCCUCGAGCGAUCCGUCGUUGACCAUCCCUCACCAAGUCGUCCAUUGAUUGUCUGUGCUGGUGGGUUCUUCUUGUGCAUAGCAGUCUCUCAAGAUGUCUGCUCAAAACUCCGCGGGCAUUCAAACCCUACUUGAUGCCGAAAAAGAAGCUCAGAAGAUUGUUCAGAAAGCUCGAGAAUACCGAACCAAGAGAGUAAAAGACGCCAAAACAGAAGCCCAGAAGGAGAUUGAUGAGUACCGAACCAAGAAGGAGGACGAGUUCAAGAAAUUCGAGGCAGAGCAAAGCAGCGGCAAUCAGAAAGCUCAAGAUGAUGCCAGCAAAGACGCCGAUGCCAAAGUCAAGGAAAUCGAAGCUGCAGGCAAGAAGUCGGGCUCCAAAGUCGUGGACAACCUGAUCAAAGCAGUCACAACCCCUACACCUGAAGUUCCCGAUAAGGUCUCACACGAGCAAUGAGACGAUAGAGAGACUGUGACCACCCACUACAAUAACUCUGAAAGAAUUGCCAGGUCUCAUUGGCCCGGGGUCUUGAAUCCUUGGAUGGUUCAGGUGGCUGUGGCGGGGAAUUGUUGGGCGUAAGGGACUACUUGUACAGGUUGAAUAUAGAUCAAUUAGUGGAUUACAUUAUGACGAUGAAGCUUUGGGGGACCAGGACCAGAACCAGAGUCAAUGGCACAAAGACAAAGUUCUGCCCUGCAUGAACUCCCAGGGUAGCUGAGUAAACUGAUCCAUGGCCUCGA